ACAGGCGGCUGAAAGAGACGACCACUUUCCUCAUUUUCCCCCGAUGAUCGUCUUAAAUGAGCAGUUUACUCAACAUUCCGAUAGAUCUUUAGGCCUCAACGAAAGGAAUUGCUCUGUAAAACACAGAGCGCUCGGAGGCCAGCAAUAAUGAGGCUAGAGGGAAAGAUAGCUGUGAUCACAGGAGGCGCCAGUGGGAUCGGAGAAGCAGCCGUCAGAAUCUUUGUAGAAAACGGCGCCACAGUGAUAAUAGCCGAUGUGCAGAACGAGGCAGGUGAGCAGUUGGCAGCUUCGCUGGCACCAAGCACCGCCUUUGUGCACUGCGACGUGUCCAAAGAGUCCGACGUCUCCUCAGCGGUGGACUACGCCGUGGAGAAGUAUGGGCGGUUGGACAUAAUGUUCAGCAACGCGGGUGUUCCGGGGAAGCUCUUUCCUUCUCCGGCCGACAUCACGUUGGAGGAUCUGGAUCGCGUGCUGGCUGUUAACGUGCGUGGGUCUUACCUCUGCACGAAGCACGCGGCCCGAGUCAUGAUCCCCAAUCGUCGUGGGUGCAUUCUCUACACGUCCAGUCUCUCCUCGAUUGUGGCAAUGCCCAAUGGGCCAUCAUACACUGCGUCUAAGCAUGCGAUUGUGGGGCUCAUGAAGUCUGCGGCCGCGGCCCUAGCUCCCUACGGGAUCCGGGCGAAUUGUGUUUCACCCACGGGCCUGGCCACCCCCAUGGUGGUCGAUGGCCUUCGGGGCAACAUCCCCGGUUUUGACAAGAAGGCCGCCGAGGAUAUGUAUGAGGUUGUUUUUGAGUUCAAAGGGGCCAAGUUUGAGCCUGAGGAUGUUGCUCGACCUGCUCUUUUUCUUUGUAGCGAGGAUGCUCGCUAUAUCAGUGGCCAUAACUUGGUGAUUGAUGGAGCUUUUACAGCGUCUAAGGGAUUCUCCACUGCUAAUUCUAUGGACUUUCUUCCUCUCAAGAACUUUUUUGAAAAUCUUGCUCACCGAGCUAAUGGGGAAGAGGGUAGUGGGGCAGUCCAAGUGGACUUAAAAAAAUAAAUUCUUCGAGCCUAAAUUUUUUUUUUGGACUUGAUGGGUAAUGGUCCAUCUUUUUAGGCCCCACUUACAAUGUUAAUGUCAAUGAGGAUAAUGACUUGAGAGCUGCAAAAUAUCAAUGAGGAUAAUGACUUGAAAGUUGCAAAUAAACUAAAAUUGAUGACA